AUGGGAUUUAAUUUCACCGGCCUUCGAAGUAUCCAGCUACACAACAUCCACCAUUGCGUGCUGAUUGAGAUGACGGACCCAGCAGCCGCCGUCAAAACAGCCGCGGAGCAUCAUCUCAAGCACGCCUUCCGGAUCAGCCCGACGAAGAAGAUCGUGAUUCUGAUCUACGUCGACGUGCGGUUCCACGAUCUUCCGCCGGACAUGUCCAACAUGCAGAUCGCCGAAGCCAUGUUACAGUACGACGACGUGCUUACGAUUAGGGACGAGGUGUGGAGAGACAUUUUUCCCGACCUACCCAAUGCCUUAGCAGUUUGGCAACCCAUACGGGUCAGAUUGCCACGUGCCGACUUUGUGGAUUCCAACGACACAGCCGAAACAACCAACACCGAAGAGAAGACUGUGGAAACUCACAGUUUGACGUAA